AACAGUAAUCGCAAGUUUCCAAACAAGCAAUGCAAACAACAAAAUAUUAAUGCUCGAUUACUCGGUUAUAAACUUGUAAACGAUGUCAAUCACAGUGGAAAAGAUUUGCCGUCUCUGUAUGUCCCGGUCAAAUAUUAUUCACACUUUAUUGCAAGAUAACCUGUUGCAGAAAGUGGCUAUUUGUGUUAGUCUGCUGAUAAAUCCUGAUGAUAAAGUUCUCCCGCUAGAUAUUUGUGCUCUGUGUACGUUGAAAGUGAAGGACUUUUUUGAAUUUCGACAAAGCUGCCUAAAGGUGCAACAACUUUUUGAACAAAGCCGUACAAGCGCGCAGGAAGAAACUUCUGUUCCGGUCAAAGCUAUAGUACCUAAAGUCGAGAAUAGCAUACCCUCGACCCAGGCAGAAUGCAUAGAAAUUUCCAGGCUAGAAGUAGAGUUUAACCAUCCUGUCGAAGAACAGCAAGACUAUGAGCAAUUGGAUGAGGAUGAAAUUGCAACAGAAUUGGAACAAUUGGAGGAUGAUGUCGAAGAUCAACCGGAAGAGAUUUUUGACGAGCAGGAGGAAACUAUUUUGGACAUCGAUGAAUCAGUAUACUCCGAUAAUGAUUGUCAAGAUUCCGAUUGCAGAAAUGAUUUUAAAGUUGAAAUACUCGAGCUACACGAAGAGGAAAUUGCUCCGCAAUCUGCUCCAAACAUUUCUAAAUGUACAAGAGAGUCGCCUGUUCCACUUCUGUAUUCAAGAAGUGGUAAAGAAAAGGUAGAUGUAGGCACUAAGUUCAAUCGUGAUAGCAUAAAGCAAAAACGAAAUACCAAAUUAAACACCAAACGAGAUGAAAAGGAAAUUUAUCGGUCACUGCUGAAAAAGUGUGAAACAUGCGGCAAAUUCGUUGAGCGAAAUCGCCUGGAAGGUCAUGUCAACCGGCACGCCAACGUCCGACCGUAUGAAUGCAGUGUGCCUAAUUGCGGUAUUAAAUUUCACUGCAAGAUUGCACUUCGGCUACAUUCGCAAGGACGUCACAGUGAUAAACGAUUGCCCUGCGACAUCUGUGGAAAAGUAUACAGCUCUACUAAGACUCUCUACCAUCACAAGAAAGAAACACACUCCGAGAAGAGCUUUAAAUGUGAUCUUUGUACAUUAUGUUUUGUUUCGAAUUCUCGCUUAAAUCGGCACAUGAUGACCCACAGUGAUACAUUUGAAUUCAAAUGUCCCCAUUGCCCAAAGGAAUUUUACCGUAGCAACAAUCUUAAGGUACACCUGAGAAGCCAUACGAAGGAGAAACCGUAUGCUUGCAGUGCAUGUGAUAAAGCGUUCGGGUAUCAGCGACUUUUAAGAGACCACAUUGCUCGACAUCACACUUGAAAUAGUUU